AUGACCGUUUCCCCUGUUACCAGCGCAAUGUCUGAAUCGCAUUCUACACCCGCUUCGUCGCCACCGCCAGCCGACAUGGAUUCAGAGAGUGUACCGCAGUCGAUGCAGCAGGAGGAGAAGCGCAUGAGGACGCAACGCGAAAAGGAUGACGCGAAACGCGAAGCACAACUAGAGAAGGAGAGGCAAGAAGACAUCAAGAGCGGCAGGGAAGUACUCGACAAGAAGUUCCAGCAAUUGGAGUUCUUGAUGAACAAGAGCAAGCUGUAUGCAUCGGUUAUGCUUGCGCAGAUGCAGCAGCAAGAAGAACAGGAGCACGAGCAAGACGAGCGGACGAACGGACAGACUUCGAAGCGCGAAAAGAUCGCCGAUACAACAGCGGCAGCAUCGCAGCGACGAGCUACACGCGGAUCCACGGCCAACGGCGCGACAACGGCGAAGCAGGAAGAAGAUGAUGCUACGCCAAAGAAACGUGCGGGCAGACCAAAGAAGACAGACACCAAGAGCCGUGGUAGACCCAAGAAGCAGACUUCGGACAUAGCGAGCUACUUCAGCAAGGCUGAUUUAGAAAAGAAGGCGGGCAAUCAGGACGUUGGAGAGGCCUUGAAAGAAGCAGCAGAGGACGACAAAGACAAUGUAAAGACAGGCGACAUUGGCAUGACAGACCUCAAGUCUGCGCGACAGCCGAAACUUGUCACUGGAGGUACUAUGAGAUCAUACCAACUCGAGGGCCUUGAGUGGAUGGUGUCAUUAUACAAUAACGGCAUCAAUGGCAUUCUAGCAGACGAGAUGGGUCUCGGCAAGACCAUCCAGACGAUUGCGAUGCUUGCACAUCUAUGGGAGAACAAGUCAUAUGGACCUUUCUUGAUCGCUGCACCGCUGAGCACCACAAGCAAUUGGGUUGCAGAGUUUGAGAAAUGGACACCCAGCAUGCCGGUCAUGCUAUACCAUGGCGACAAGAAGGAGCGUGAAAGACUACGCAAGACGAGACUACGGAACCCCGGUACCGCCGACUUCCCUAUCAUGGUCACCAGCUACGAGAUUUGCAUGAACGAUCGCAAAUACCUUACAAGUUUCGGCUGGCAGUUCAUCAUCAUCGAUGAAGGACAUCGCAUCAAGAACCUCGACUGCCGGCUGAUCCGCGAGUUGCAACAGUUCCAGUCCGCCAACCGUCUCCUCAUUACUGGUACGCCAUUGCAGAACAAUCUUGUGGAGCUGUGGUCACUGUUGCAUUUCCUACUGCCGACAGUAUUCGACAAGUUAUCUACGUUUGAGAGCUGGUUCGACUUCUCUGGGCUAAAAGACAAGUCGAGUUUCGAACAGCUGCUAUCGGAGGAGCGACAGCAGUAUCUGGUCAAGUCACUACAUGCUGUCCUGAAGCCGUUCUUGCUGCGACGAGUCAAGACAGACGUUGAGAGCUUGAUGCCCAAGAAGCGCGAGUACGUGUUGUACGCUCCGUUGACUUCCAUGCAACGUGAGCUGUACCAAGCCAUCCUUGAUGGUACCAGUCGAUCCUAUCUCGAGGAGAAAGCUGUUGAACGAUUGAGCAUUGGUCUUAGCAGUCGAGCAGGAACGCCAUUGAGUAUCCGCAGUAACAACGGUAGUCUCAAACGUAAGGCUUUGAGCAGCAGGGAGACUCCAAGCAAGAGCGCGAAGACGUCUCGAGCAGGUACGCCCGCAUCUGUCGCCUCAACGAGAAGCCGAGGCCGGCCCAAGAAGAACUAUGAAGAAGUGAGUGAUGAUGAGUACUUCGAUGGACUGGACAAGCCAGAAUCUGAGGAAGAAGAACAAGAUCUGAGCUCUGAUGCUGAAGACGAGAGAACUCGAGCUGCGACUUUCGAAAUCGCAAAGCGUCAGCUCAUGCAGAAGAAGCUUGGUAACCCCAUCAUGCAGCUCCGACUGUGCUGUAACUCGCCAUACAAUUUCUUCAACCCUUUCAUACGAGCAGACACUGACGGAGCCGAAACCUUCGCAUCGGAAACAGAACCCGAUGAGACUAUCGUGUCAACUUCUGGCAAGAUGCUUCUCCUCGAUGCACUUCUCCCCGAGCUGAUACGUCGCGGCCACAAGGUUCUGAUCUUUUCUCAAUUUACCACCACACUAGAUCUCCUCGGUCACUACCUCGACCUACGAUCCUGGAACUACGCCCGUAUCGAUGGAUCUGUCGCACAAACAGACCGUCAAGACCAAAUCCUAGCCUUCAACAAGCCAUCUACUACAAAGGAGGCUGCGGACAUCUUCAUCCUGUCCACCCGCGCCGGCGGCCAAGGCAUCAACCUCGCAGCAGCAGAUACAGUCAUCCUCUUCGACAGCGAUUGGAACCCUCAGCAAGAUCUCCAAGCCAUGGACCGCGCCCAUCGCAUCGGUCAGACCCGCAACGUCAUCGUCUACCGCUUCGCAACGCGCAACACCGUCGAGCAGAAACUCCUUGAAUCUGCAGAAGCGAAGCGUCGACUCGAAAAGCUUGUCAUUAGGAAGGGUGGUGUGCGGAAUGACCGGGGCGGGACUCGAGGUAAUGAGAAGGAGCAAGAGGUUGAGGAAUUACAGAAGCUCCUCCGGAGAAGCGAUGGAGAGAAGUUUGAUGUUGAGGCUACGGAAAGUGGGAAGGUGUUGGGGAAAGAGGAAUUGGAGAUCUUGUUGGAUAGGAGUGAUGAGGCGUAUGAGAGGGCGGAGAAGGGAUUAGAUAUUGGUGGUGAGGGUGCUGUCUUCCAGGCGGUGGGUAAGAGAGAGGAGGGUGCUCUUAUGGAGGGACUGAGAGCGUAG